AUGUCAAAAUCAAGAAGCCCUCUCCUCAUCCGAUUCCUCUCCGACUUCACCCUCGGCUUCUCAGAUGGCUUAACAGUGCCCUUUGCCCUCACCGCGGGCCUCAGCUCCCUUGGCCGCACCGACACUGUCAUCUAUGCUGGUCUGGCUGAACUCUGCGCGGGGAGCAUCAGCAUGGGCAUUGGUGGCUACCUUUCUGCGAAGGACGAAUUACCUUCAGACCAGGCGAAAGACCGGGAUGGCGACGAGGAAGAGCUCAAAGGCAUGCUGCGUCAGGAUGCUGGGAGUGAUAGCUUGGAUGAGAAGAAUAAAGAUGCGCAAGAAGUGCUUGUGAGGCAGCAUUUGGAACCUCUCGCUCUACCGGGUUGGAUGGUUGCAGACAUCAUGUCGACUAUUAAAGAGCGCCAGGGCUUAUACGAUACAGCCCGCCAGGUACAAUUUGCACGAUCUGAGCUCUCUGCCGGAGAGAGCUCAUAUAACAACAAUCAACUGCUCAUUUCGCCAGUCGCUUCCGGUAUUUCCAUCUCGCUAGGCUACAUCAUUGGCGGCGCCAUUCCUCUACUGCCAUACUUAUUCGCUGCGACGGUUGGCCUUGGCCUCCGAUGGAGUAUCGCAGCGUGUCUGGUGGCGUUGAUGUCUUUUGGCGCAGGCAAGAGCUGGCUGCUGAGAAGCGGAGAUGCAUCUAGCAGUUGGAUGCGCUGCCUGUGGGAAGGACUGCAGAUGAUGAUUCUGGGCAGCGUGGCUGCGAUAGCGUCGGUCUUGUGCGUGUCGUUGCUAGGAGGGGGCGAAAACGAGAUGAAGGGUUAA